AUGGAGACAACCGCUACUGAAAUUGCGAGGACAGAGCCGGGAACCGAUGCCGACGACGACAGGCUCAGCUCUUUGCCGGACGAAAUCAUCUCCCACAUUCUCUCCUUCCUGCAGACCAAGUACGCCGUGGGAACCGCCGUCCUCAGCCGACGGUGGAAGGAUCUCUGGGCGAGGGUUUCCAAUCUCGACCUCGACAACACCUUGGUUUACAAGCCCCUGGACAUGCAGAUCUUCCUCCGGAGCUUGCCGCCGGUUGAGCAGCGGAGUUUCCAGGGCAGAAAGUUAUUUGCAGAGAUUCUUGGGAGGAGAGAAUUGGAAUUCUGCCGCUUCGCGGACAAGGUACUCCGCCAGCACAAGAAUCUCGAUUCUGUUAGGCGUUUCCGCUUUCGCUGUUCAGUUUAUUAUCGCGAAAGUAGGCUCAGUCCUGAUUCUUUGUUUGAGACGGAACUGGUGUUUGGUCCUCUCCUUGAGGAGAUUGAUGUUUUGAUCUGUGGGGAAACCGAAUUCGGAUUUCCCCAAUGCAUGCGCUGCAUUCCAGAGAGCUUCUACACUUUGAAGAAUCUGAAAGUUGCCAAGCUUCAAGGGGUUGUCCUGGGUACAAUUGAACAACCCGUUUCUCUUCCGAGCUUGAAGAUCUUACAGCUCAAGGAUGUGCUGAUGAAUGACGUUAAGUCAUUAGGCAGGCUCAUAUCUGGUUGCACUGUUCUAGAGACUGCUCAUCUGGAGAGAUGCAGCCCUCCUAACAUGAAAUUAAUGGAUACAAUCGAGGCUUGCUCACCAUACUUGAAGAACUUGAAGAUUAUGUCUGAAAGCGCUUGUCAUGAUCCGAUUUGUCCCAUUGUGAUCGAAGCACCAAAUCUCGAGCAUCUUCAUCUUGGGCGAUUUGCAGAUUUGAAGUUUAAGGGCAGUAGCCCAUUGUCAUGCCUUCAUUCAGCAGAUGUUGCUCUCGAGUGUUGUAGCUCCUGGAACCAUGCCGAGUUUGCCUUGCUCACUCAAAUCUCCACAGCAAAGAAGAUCCGCAUAUCCGCGGGGAAUCUUGUAACCAACCCAUAUUUCCCUCCAUAA